GUUACAUCUAUCAAGAGAUAACUGAAGUCAAGAAUCAGUUAGUAGCGUUGCGGCAGUGCUUCAGUGAAGUGCAGUGUUGGGGAAGUCUGUGACAGAGACAUGGCACAAAAACAACUAACAAAGGAAGAAUUGAUAAGAAAUGCUUGCAUACAAUUCAAAAAGCAAUUUAAUGAUUAUCCAUCACACGCUGGCUGUGCUCCUGGAAGGGUUAACAUAAUUGGAGAACACACUGACUAUAACAAUGGAUUUGUCUUUCCCAUGGCUUUACCUAUGGUUACAGUUAUGGUUGGAAAAUUAAAUAACUCAAAUAAUAUAAAUAUAUACUCAAUGACAGAAGGUUUACAUGAACCAAAUAAUGUAUCAUUCAAAGUUCCUAAAGAGGAGAAGUUGGCUCCUGGAUCUCCAAAGUGGGCAAAUUAUUGUAAAGGCGUUAUUGCACAUUUCAAAGGCAAUGUUCCUGGUUUUAAUGCUGUAGUAAUCAGUUCAGUGCCAGUUGGUGGUGGUGUAUCCAGCAGUGCUUCCUUAGAAGUCGCAACAUAUACUUUUCUGGAAGCUCUCACUGGGACUUUUUCAGAUCCUACAGAAAAAGCUUUUGCUUGUCAAAAAGCUGAACAUGAAUUCGCUAACAUGCCUUGUGGUAUUAUGGACCAGUAUGCUUCAGUUUUUUGCAAAGAAAAGAGUAUCCUACUUUUGGAUUGUGGGUCCCUUGAUAUAAAAUCUGUGGAUUAUACUGAUCCCAAAUUAGUAAUCCUGGUUACCAACUCUAAUGUGAAGCAUAAGCUUAGUGGCUCUGAAUAUCCAACCAGGAGAAAGCAAUGCCAAGAUGCAGCCGCUGAACUAAAAGUAGAAACGCUGAGAGAUGCUGAUAUGAAUAUGCUUGAUGGUCACAAAGCCACAUUGGAUCCGGUAGUAUACAGGAGAGCUAGGCAUGUCAUCACCGAAAUAAGUCGCACCCUCGAGGCAGUUGAUGCUCUUAUGAAUAAGCAAUACAAGACUUUUGGAUAUUUAAUGCUCCAGAGUCACAUAUCUUUGAAAUAUGAUUUUGAAGUUUCCUGCCCUGAGCUUGAUGUGCUAGUCGACAUUGCAAUGAAAACAGAUGGCGUUUAUGGCUCUCGAAUGACUGGUGGUGGUUUUGGAGGUUGCACUGUAACAUUGUUGGAUUCGUCUGCUGUUGAUUGUUUAAUUGCUAAUAUUCAGCAGAAAUACAAAGGGAAUCCUUUGUUCUACAUUGUUACUCCUUCUGAAGGGGCUACUGACGCAACCUUGGUUAUGAAGGAGAUUAUUGCAAAAAUUACAGAGAAAAAAAAAUGAUGCCAUAUAAAAACUUCAUACAGUACAUACCCUGCACUCAAAUUUGAAAUAUUUAAAUUUUUUAUGGUAAUAAUAUAUUUUU